AUGGAUACCAAUGAUGAGUCUGAUGAAGACAAUCUUACAAGUUAUGAUAUUCAGCUCAGUAUUCAAGAGUCCAUUGAAGCCAGCAAGACCACAUGUUAUCCUGAAAGAUUCGUACCCCUAAGUGACCAAAACAGAAGAGUUGUGAAGGCCAUAAGACAAGGUCACAUUCUUGAGCUGCAGGACUAUGUGAAAUAUAAAUAUGCAUUGGAUGAAGCUGAUGAAAAAGGAUGGUUUCCAUUGCAUGAAGCUGUUGUUCAACCCAUUCAACAAAUACUUGAAAUUGUUCUGGAUGCAUCCUAUAAGACACUCUGGGAGUUCAAGACCCAUGAUGGAGAAACACCCUUGACUUUGGCAGUCAAAGCUGGUCUGGUGGAAAACGUAAGAACUUUACUAGAAAAGGGAGUGUGGCCCGACACCAACAAUGACAAAGGAGAGACGCCCCUUCUGAUUGCUAUAAAAAAGGGCUCCUACGACAUGGUAUCUGCUCUGAUUAAACACAACACUAGCCUUGACCAGCCCUGUGUCAAGCGAUGGUCGGCAAUGCAUGAAGCAGCCAAACAGGGUCGCGAAGACAUCAUAGCUCUGCUGCUAAGCCACGGAGGAAAUGUCCACCUGAGAGACGGAUUCGGAGUCACACCCUUAGGCGUUGCUGCCGAGUAUGGCCACUGCGAUGUGUUAGAGCAACUAAUCCACAAAGGUGGUGAUGUAUUUGCCUUGGCGGAUGAUGGAGCGUCAGUGUUGUUUGAGGCUGCAGGAGGGGGCAAUCCAGAUUGCAUUUCCCUCCUGCUGGAAUAUGGGGGAAGUGGAAAUGUACCUAACAGAGCGGGACAUCUCCCUAUACACCGAGCUGCCUACGAGGGACAUUAUCUUGCUCUGAAAUAUCUUAUCCCAGUAACAUCCAAAAAUGCAAUCCGCAAGAGUGGACUAACACCAAUUCACUCAGCAGCAGACGGACAAAAUGUACAGUGCCUACAACUGCUCAUUGAAAAUGGUUUUGAUGUCAACACUCUGCUUGCCGAUCACAUUUCCGAGAGCUAUGACGAUGGAAGGAAGACUGCGCUCUAUUUUGCCGUUUCUAAUAAUGAUAUCCUAUGCACAGAAGUCCUUCUGGCUGCAGGUGCAGACCCCAACCUAGAUCCCCUCAACUCCCUUCUCGUGGCAGUGAGGGCCAACAAUCAUGAAAUUGUCCGGCUGCUCCUCUCCCACGGAGCUGAUGUCAAUUGUUAUUUUAUGCACGUGAAUGACACUCGUUUCCCCAGUGCCAUUCAGUAUGCCCUAAAUGAUGAGGCAAUGCUCAGGCUAUUGCUGAACAAUGGCUACCAAGUGGAGAUGUGCUUUGACUGCACGCACGGGGACAUCUAUGGAAACUCUUUUGUGUGGUCAGAGAUAGAGGAAGAGGUACUGCCGGGAUGGACAUCUUCCGUCAUCAAAGAUAACCCGUUCUGUGAGUUUAUUACAGUUCCAUGGAUGAAACACUUGGUAGGCAGCGUCGUCCGCGUAUUACUAGAUUACAUGGAUUACGUUCCUCUGUGUGCCAAGCUGAAGUCUGCCCUAGAAGCACAGAGAGAAUGGCCAGAAAUCCGUCAAAUACUAGAGAAUCCUUGUUCGUUAAAGCAUUUGUGUCGGCUAAAAAUUCGAAGACUUCUGGGUCUCCAGCGCCUCUGCCAGCCAGCUUCCAUGGAGAAGCUUCGUCUACCACCAACUAUACAAAAAUAUAUAUUAUUUAAAGAGUAUGAUCUAUAUGGACAACAGUUGAAAUUGCCAUAACUGAAAAAUAAUAUUUCACAGUGUGAUUUUUUUUAACUUACUCCCUCAAGAAUGUCUUUGGAAUUAUCUCAUAUCCUUAAGUGUAUGUAAAUCCAUUGGCAAUUUUAUAGGUGGAUCACGUGUUCAAAGAGAACACCAUGUUUUACAUCUUAAGAGAUCUUUAAAUUGUGAUUUUUUUAAGAUAGUGAAUAUUUUGUAUUUGAAUUUCUAUUAUGUAUC